UGAAUGCAUCUGAAAAGAAAUCUGACACUCGAUUAAAAUCACCAGUGCAAAUUUUAAAAGUAUAACCCUCGGGGUUCCGCGGAGCCAUGUUUGGACCAUCCGCAGGGUUCGGUGGAGCCACCAGCAACACAGGGUUAUUCGGCCAGACAACGGCGGCGGGAGGCGGUACCCACAAUCCCAUGAAAGACUUUGAGGUGACCAGCCCGCCGGACGACAGCAUUAGCUCCCUCGCAUUCAGCCCCGGCACCUUGCCGAUGACAUUCCUGAUCGGUGGGUCUUGGGACAACAAUGUUCGCUGUUGGGAGGUCAACCAGAACACGGGAGCCACGGUGCCUAAAGCACAACAGACCCACCAGGGGCCAGUUCUGGACGUCUGCUGGAACGAUGAUGGGACCAAGGUUUUCUCGGCAUCCUGUGACAAGACGGCAAAGAUGUGGGACCUGAACAGUAACCAAGCCAUACAGGUUGCACAGCAUGACGCACCAAUCAAGACCGUUCACUACAUCAAGUCGCCCAACUAUUCCUGCAUAAUGACGGGAAGCUGGGACCGUACGCUCAAGUUUUGGGACACCAGAUCCCCGAACCCCAUGGCCAAUAUCCAGCUGAGUGAGCGCUGCUUCUGUGCUGAUGUGGUGUACCCAUCAGCUGUGGUUGGCCUUGCCGGGAAGAAGAUCAACUUGUAUCGACUGGAAAGUGGUCCGCAGGAGGUCAAAGUGAACCAGGACUCGCCGCUGAAGUUCCAGCAUCGAUGCGUGGCCAUAUUCCAAGACACUAAGAAGACAGGCCCUGCAGGCUAUGCACUAGGCAGCAUAGAAGGGAGAUGUGCCAUACAGUUUGAGCCCGCUGCUACUCCAAAAGACAACUUCACGUUCAAGUGUCACCGAUCUAAUGGCGCUUCCUCCUACUCCUACCAAGACAUAUUUGCCGUCAACGCCAUAGCCUUUCACCCAGAGCACGGCACCCUGGCAACGGCAGGCUCCAACGGCAAGUUCAGCUUCUGGGACAAAGACGCUCGGACCAAACUCAAGACAUCGGAAGAGAUGGAGAACCCCAUCACCGCCUGCGCGUUCGACGCCAAGGGCAAUAUUUUUGCCUAUGCAGUCAGCUAUGAUUGGUCAAAGGGCCAUGAAUUUUACAACCCCCAGAAGAAGAAUUACAUCUUCCUCAGAGGAAACGCCAUGGAAGAACUACGGCCCCGAAACAGGAAGAGAUAAACUUACAAA